CGUUUACCCAAGGAGAGCCUCUACAGCCCCCCCAUCAUCAUCAAAAUCAUCGACAACCGGCCCUUCGGCCGCAGGCCCGUGGUCGGGCAGUGCACCAUCCGCUCGUUGGAGGACUUCUCCUGCGACCCAUACCGGGAGGACACGGAUGGUCCCCAGGAGCCCUCAGAUGAUGUGAGCCUGACGCCCCGGGAUGACGUCCUGAUUGACAUCGAUGACAAAGAGCCUCUCAUCCCUGUCCAGGAGGAAGAGUUCAUCGACUGGUGGAGCAAAUUCUACGCAUCCACAGGAGAGAGGGAGAAAUGCGGCUGCUACUUAGAGAAGGGCUUUGACACCCUGAAGGUCUACGAGACGGAGCUGGAGAAUUUGGAGGACUUUGAGCACCUCUCUGACUUCUGCCACACCUUCAAGCUGUACCGCGGCCGCUCGCAGGACUCCAACGACGACCCCUCGGUCGUGGGGGAGUUCAAGGGCUCAUUCAAAAUUUACCCUCUCCCGGAUGACCCGCGAGUGCCGGUGCCACCGCGGCAGUUCCACCAGCUGCCUGCCAGGGGACCCCAGGAGUGUCUGGUGAGGGUCUACAUCGUCCGGGCCUUCGGCCUCCAGCCCAAGGACGCCAACGGAAAGUGCGAUCCCUACGUGAAGAUUUCAGUGGGGAAGAAAUCUGUCAAUGACCAAGAAAAUUACCUCCCCUGUACGCUGGAGCCUGUCUUUGGGAAGAUGUUCGAGCUGAGCUGCACUCUGCCCAUGGAGAAGGACCUGAAGAUCACACUCUACGACUACGACCUCCUGUCGAAGGAUGAGAAGAUUGGGGAGACCGUCAUAGACCUGGAGAACCGCUUCCUGUCCAAAUACGGGGCACGCUGUGGCCUCCCCCAAACCUACUGCGUCUCCGGCCCCAACCAGUGGCGAGACCAACUCCGUCCUUCCCAACUGCUUCACCUCUUCUCCCUGCAGCACAACUACAAGGCUCCCAUCUACAAGGCUGACCGGGUCAUCUUCAGGGAGCACGAGUACAUCCUCUCUGAGCUGGAGGAUGGGAAACCCCUCAACCCCCACCUGGGGCCGGUGGAGGAGCGGCUCGCCCUGUACGCCCUGCGGAGGCAAGGGCUGGUGCCGGAGCACGUGGAGACCAGAGCCCUUUACAGCCCUCUCCAGCCAGACAUCGAGCAGGGAAAGCUGCAGAUGUGGGUGGACCUGUUUCCAAAAUCUCUGGGCCCGCCCGGCCCCCCCUUCAACAUCACGCCACGCAAAGCCAAGAGGUUCUUCUUGCGCUGCAUCAUCUGGAACACCAAGGACGUCAUCCUCGACGACCUCAGCAUCACUGGGGAGAAGAUGAGUGACAUCUACGUCAAAGGCUGGCUGGUUGGCUACGAGGAGAACAAGCAGAAGACAGAUGUGCACUACAGGUCCAUGGGAGGAGAGGGCAACUUCAACUGGAGGUUCAUCUUCCCCUUUGACUAUCUCCCUGCCGAGCAGAUGUGUCACAUUGCAAAGAAG